AUGAUUGGAGGAGAGCGAAAGGGCUGCCAUUGGCCGUCCGACGCGUCAGUUACGUGGGUUGGCAGUGACGACACUGCUUCCGGACCACGCAGCCUCUUGUUCCCGCGUGGUGGCGACAGAAGCUAACAGACAUGAUGUUAUGGACCGUGAAGGCGGUUGGCCUCGGGGUGGUGGCCCUCGCUCUGAGUUUGGAGCUGCUCGCCUGGUUCCUCCGCCGCCACAGAUCGGGACGAACCCUCAACGAGGUCCUCUUCUUCCCGUCAGAAUUGGCCUGUGUGGAGCAGGUCUUCAACACCUCGUCACCUCACUUCCCUAGUUCCUGUUCCCCUUCAUGCCCGUUGCCUCAUGGCGUGGAGACCUCUUUCUCCCGUCUUCUCCGCCGCAUCCUGUCUGCUACCUCCUCUCUGGACUUGUGUGUAUUUUCCUUUUCGAACAUGGACCUGCGCAGGGCCGUAUUAGCGCUGCAAAGCAAGGGCGUAACCAUCCGAGUCCUCACUGACAAGGAAUAUGCCGCCAUCACUGGCUCCCAGAUAGGUGUCCUCCGCAAGGCCGGCAUCUGUGUGCGGUGUGACACGGCCUCUGUGUACAUGCAUCACAAGUUUGCAGUGGUGGACAGCCGGCUGCUCAUCACUGGCUCCCUCAACUGGACACUGACGGCAGUGCAGAGCAACAAGGAGAACAUCCUCAUCACUGAGGAGCCGGAGCUGGUGCAACCUUUCAUCCAGGAGUUCCACCGAUUGUGGGUGGACAAUGAUCCAGCUCGACACCGCUAUAGAGCCAGUGAGCCACGAUGACUAUUGAGUCAGAGCUAAUGAACCUUUGAGAUAUAUGAAACUUGUUACUUUAAGUUUUGGAAGUACAAGAUAAUAGGAGCUUUAAGGCACCAAUAUUUAGAUAAGGAAACAGGUCUGAUUUUGAGAGAGACUGAUUUAUUAGGCCGCAUUUGGAUAAGUGUUUUGUUGUUAAUUUUACUAUAUACAAAAACACUGCAGUUUAAGUGCUGUAGUCGUCUGCUAUGCACAGACCUAAGACAAGGAUAAUAUCCACUACAUAGAGUUGAGCUUGUUUAAAAGAGAAAUCCUCUGUUGUUGUCUGUUGACAACAUUUCUUAUUUUUUUUAAAUCCAAUUGAAUGAUUUUGUAUACUGUGUUUCAGGUUGACAGUAUGUAAUAAUGGUUGCUUUUUGUUUUAAAGAUUUCCACUGCUGACCA